ACAAUCUCUCCUAUAGAGAUACAUCAUACGUGCAGACACCCCUACCCGACCCGACACUCCACCAGCGCAUUGACCUAACGACAUAUGCACGUACGCAUCAACAUUCAGAUUACGCCAUUGCUCUAGGCUUCACUUCGAUUGAGUUGGGCAAUUCUGUACUGCUAGAUGGGCGAGACUGGGAAGCGAUUCCGCAGGGAUGAUGGGGACUACAAGAAUCAGAGAAGGAGGAUAGAGAGAGAUGAGAAGGGUGAUGCUGAGCUGGUUGUCUACAGGAUUUUAUGCCCUGGUAUUGUUAUAGGAAGUGUUAUUGGAAAGAGUGGAAAAGUCAUAAAUUCCAUUAGACAAGAUACCGGUGCAAGGGUCAAGGUGGUGGAUCCAUUUCCGGGUGCUAAGGAUAGGGUUAUACUCAUUUACUGCUAUGUAAGAGAGAAGGAAGAUGUUGAGAUUGACAAGGAAUUCAGUAACUAUAGGCCGCUUUGUGCUGCACAGGAUGCUCUUCUUAAGAUGCAUGCAGCAAUUGCUAAUUCUAUUGCUUCACUUGGGGAAUCUGACAGGAGGCGGAAGGAAAGGGAGGAUUGUCAGCUUCUUGUUCCUUCUAGCCAGAGUGCAAAUAUCAUUGGGAAAUCUGGGGUAACCAUAAAGAAGCUGAGAAGCAAGACAGGGACAAACAUCAAGGUAACUGCAAAGGAUGCCGGUGAUCUAAACCAUUCCUGUGCAUUGGAGUUCGAUAAUUUUGUGCUGAUUUCCGGUGAGUCAGAAGCUGUAAAGAAAGCACUCUUUGCAGUUUCUGCAAUCAUUUACAAGUUUGCACCUAAAGAAGAUAUUCCUCUUGAUACCACCAUUCCGGAAAUCCCUGCAAGUAUUAUUAUACCAUCAGAUGCUCCUAUAUAUCAAGCUGCCGGCAUUUACCCAGGCGUAGAUCCUAUUGUCCCUACCAGGCCUGUUUCCUCUGUUUUAGGUCCACAUGUACAAGAGUUUCCAGGUUAUCUGGAUGCAGGGAGCACGUGGCCAGUUUACUCAUCUGCUCUUCCUGUUGUUUCGGGUCAGACUGGUGCAUCUCGAACCGAGGAGUUGAGGAUCAGAUUAUUAUGCCCAUCCCACAAUAUUGGGCGUGUUAUUGGCAAGGGUGGAAACUCAAUCAAAAGCAUAAGGCAGGCUAGUGGUGCUCAAGUUGAGGUUGGUGAUGCUAGAGCUGAACGGGAUGAGUGUAUCAUCACUGUGAUCUCUCAGGAGUCAGUGGAUGAUCUUAAGUCAAUGGCAGUUGAAGCUGUGCUAUUGCUGCAAGGAAAGAUAAAUGAUGAGGAUGAAGACACUGUAACUAUAGGUCUUCUUGUCCCGUCUAAAGUUAUUGGGUGCCUUAUUGGUAGAAGUGGUUCAAUCAUAAGUGAAAUUCGAAAAAGAACUAAAGCUGAGGUACGGAUCUCAAAAGGCAAGAAGCCCAGGUGUGCAGAUGCAAGUGAUGAACUUGUUGAGGUGGUUGGGGAAGUCAGCAAUGUUAGGGAUGCACUUAUCCAAAUUGUGCUGAGGCUCAGAGAUGAUAUUCUCAAGGACCGAGAAGGUGGGCAUAAUUCUUCUUCUGGUGCUGAUCUUUUACACACUGGUGGGGCUCAUCUUUCAGUGCCUUCAGUUUUACCCAGUAUUCCUCAAGUAGCUUCUUUGAGAUAUGAGCAAAGUACUGAAACUGGGGCUGGGGCUGGGGCUGGUGUUGGGAUGCUUUCUUCAAACAGCGUUUAUGGACAUGGAUUUCUAUCGAUUGGAGACAAUAGCCAUGGAUUGUUGUCAUCCUAUUCACCUAAAAUAUAUGGCAGCAGAUUACCUCCACCCUCUACCCUAGAAGUGGUUAUCCCUGCUCAUGCUGUUGGUAAGGUUAUGGGCAAACGUGGAACUAACAUGGACAACAUUCGAAAGAUAUCUGGAGCAUCUAUUGAGAUCACUGAUUCCAAAUCCUCCCGAGGUGAUCGUAUGGCUUUAAUAUCCGGCACACCUGAUCAGAAACAUGCUGCUGAAAACUUGAUCCAGGCAUUCAUAAUGGCCACUUAGAUUCAUAUUGGUGUGUCUCACAUUUGAGGUGUCCUUCAGCUUCGUCUCUAUAAUCUAUUAGGUAUUUAUGUUGAAGAGAGGAUUGAUUAGGAUUUUACUGGAAUCCUGUCCCUGCUGUAGGAAAGCCUGCAGCUAUUAUCCAUUAAGUUUGCCCACUUUCUGUCACCUAAAUAGGUUCUGGUGGUGGCAUGUUGCCAGCUAGUUUUUUCUCCGUCUGUGGUUCCGUUAGGAUUUCACUGGAUAUUUUCUUUUCUUUCAUAGUGUUUUAAUCAGUUCUGACCUUGGCUUUGCCUUCAAUCUUAUCUUCAACAUUGUCAUGCAUUCAAAGUUAAUGAGGAUCAUAUAGCUGUUACCAUGCUGUCCCUGCCAUAAUAUGUGGCUUCUGGUCUUUUUCAUUAUUCUUUAUCAUCAAUCUCUUCUAAAAUGUCUUCCUACAUGUGGUUGAAUCGUGCUGGUUUCGUUUCUCCUUGCUGUGCUCUUCAUAAUUAUUCUGGCACAGGUUCAUAUCGAUCUCUGCUGUUGUGUGCAGGGAGUACUAAGACUUUUGUCCUGAUUGAAUACCCUGCUUGGCUUUAGAAGGCCUCCACAAGGACCACAAAUAAAAUUUAAUACUCUUAUGCUUGACUUAUGAAGGUUUUGCUUUGAACUUUGCUACUAACUUUAAUUAACUUAUUUCGUUUUUAUAAGCUUCCUACAAUUUCCAUUACCUGUUUCUCAUCUGUUGUUUAUUGACUCAUCGUGUAUUUUACACUGGAUCCAUUUUACGACUCCAUAUAUGAUUUCUAAACUAGAAAGAGAAGGCAUGAAAAACCAAACCGUUUCCUUUCUUUUUUGUUAUAAUCAUUUGCCUUCUCAUUUCCCAUCCUUAUCCACCUUCACAAACACUAAAUUUAGCUUCAUUUUAGAACUUCCAAAACUGGGUUAUUUUGUUAUACUCUGUUUUGGUAGGAUGAUUAUUAAAACAAAAAAAUCAAAUGUCACAUUCAUUUUCUAUCUAAGUUCUGCCCCAUCUCGUGGAUACCAUUGUGCCUUUCUGAAACCUUUGAUGCUAGCUUUCUUUGGGCUCAAUCCACAUGCACUAUAGAGUUCAGUUAAAUGUUUUUGCUUAAUCUGAGGCGUAAUUUAUACCUCGAAACAAUAUCUCUAUUAUUUACCUUAGAAGUAUAUGCUCUUCAAGCUCUGAAGGACCUGAAGCAAGAACUAAUCUGUGUCCGUAUUCUUUCAAAACUUUGGCUCUUUCUAUUGUAACAACGGCUUGUUUUUCUUCAAAUGUGUCUGAAUUGUAAUGAUCUUCAGAUUGCUAACUUUCUUCCUCAUUAACUCUCUAGUCCCCUUUUCUAUUUCUUCUCUCUGUGAAUGCCCUCUCCCCUUUUCCCAUCCAUUUUCUGUUUCUCUUAUUUCUCAUUGUAUGCUAGUAUCGUACAAAUUUAAUAUUCUAGGUUUAUUCUCUGGCUUGAGACCUCAUCAUACUAGGAAAAGUAGCUCUUCUCGUGCUAGUGUUAGGUUCGGUGUCUCAUACUCUUGCCAUGUACUCAAACUGUGGUGGCUACUAUUUCAGAUUUAGGAAGUCGCAAGGUAGGCAUUUAGUGCUCACUUUGGUUCGAGCUUUUAUUUCUUUUAAACAAGCUUCUGGGAGAUAAUUUUUGGAAGAUCUCUCUCUCUUGUUGAACGUGAUUAGGUAGAACACUUUCUGGAAUGUGAAAGAUGGAUUUCAUUAGAAUAUUACUCUCCUUACCCCCUCUUUAUUAGAACUCAACUGUCCUCAAUUUGCUAUGGUCUUCUCUGGUGUUCGAUGUGCUAGGAGGAUCGGCUAAUAUCAAGUAUUUUCCAUACUUUUGCUCUAUAGUCUUACUUUCCAGGUGAACUACAAAGGUCUGGGGGUUGGGAGCCCCUGCAGAUUCCGGGGUAGGUGAUCUGCUUCGUUUUUCCUUUUCUAUUCCCGAUUGCAACAAUGUAGUGUCAAGGAACUUAUAAGGUGGUAUUGCAUACAUUUUUAUUUGUUAGGAGGCAUGUAGAAUUAGGUGUAGUCGUUCAUAUUAGUUUGUGAUUAAUUUUUCAUCGAUUGCUUGACUUCGAAAGUGCCUGAUGCUUUUGUAUUCAAGACUAGCAAACUCAGUGGAGAUGGAUUUUUGUUUUGUUUUGUUUUUUUGGGGUCUUUAUGUGUUAUGUAUGCAUCUAUAUUUGAUGGGAUACUUGAAUUUUCUUACAUUAAUGUCAAUGACAGGCACUCUAUGUUGGAUA